AUGUCAACGUCCAACAAGCGUAAGCUUUGGAAACCAUGUUUUGAGUACAAAGUUGAUUACAAUGAUCAUUUUGAAACACCAUUAUGUGCUUAUGAAGAUAUUUUGCCGCUUCUGGACCUACUGAAUCAGAAUCGAAAACAACAUGUAAUUUACGAUCCAUACUAUUGCAAUGGUAGAGUUGCUGUGCUGUUGCGACAACUUGGGUUUGAUCGUACCAUCCAUGCAAAACGGGACUUUUACAAAGAUGUUGAGGGGAAUGAGGUACCAGAACAUGAUACGCUAGUAACCAAUCCACCGUACUCGGAAAAUCACAAAGAGAAGUGCAUCGAAUUCUGCAUCCAACAGUUUCAGGAGGAGGGCAGAGCUUUCUUCUUAUUGAUGCCGAAUUAUGUGGCUGCAAAGAGCUACUUUCGAACUCUACUUAACGAUAAGGGCUGUAUGGACGACGUGGCAUAUGUAGUACCCGCCAUUCCAUAUGAAUACGACCAUCCAGAGGGGACAGGCCAUGAGAUACCACCGUUCAACAGUCUAUGGUUUGUUGGUAUUGGGAAACAGAAGAUCCGGCUAAUGCAAGGUACUUGGAACCAACAAACUGGAGGUGCGAAAUUUGUAACCUCGCUAAACGAGCUCGAAAAGUUGUCUGUUAUAUCUAUGCAAAAACGUCCCAAUCCAAAGCAACGGAAGAAGCGAAGAUUGCAACUGCAAGACGUCAAAGUUCCUGUCACCAAACCUAAUAAGCAACAGAAAGAUUCCUCAUCUGGAACACAACCAACAACGCCCAACAAUUCGAAAAAGAAAUCUAGGUACCGGGAUGGCAAAGGAAAGCGAACAAAGAAACGAUUUUGA